UGUAUAUACUGGUGCAUUAAGCUGUGUGGGAAUAUACAACAUGAUUUUGGUGAUUACAUAUAAUAACCAAUGCUAUUGUUUUAGGGACCCCUGUGUGGCAAACAUCUUCUGUUGGGUGAUGGUUUAGUCAUUUGUUAAGCUCUACGAUUACUAUUCUACUGCCUUAGUGUGGCUUGUUUUGGCACACUAUAGAUUGUGAUCUGAUGUUAUGCAACUGGAUGGCACAAUUUCAAUUCAAAGGCGAGUGGAGAUCAGCAUCAUAGUUGAAGCACAGCGCCACACAACUGCAGUCAGUUCAACUGGAUUGGCUGACACGUUGGCUUAUCAGCUGUCAUGGGAGCUUUCCAACACAAGGGGCGGGAGGGGAGGCAAACACAAGGCCAUCUUAUAAAAGUAGGCGAGCGCGCCUCUCGUUCUUACGGCAUCUUGUGGGGAUCACUGGUCGUUGUGAAUCCAUGAUAAUGAAUCACGCCGCUGUGUGCCUUGUGGCACUGGCGCUGUUCGGCAGCCUUUGCUCCGGAUACCAGAAGCCGGGUCAGACGCCCCACGAUCAGCAGCAGGCCAAGCAUUUGUUUGAGCAGCCGCUCACCUGGACCUACCCCGAAGGGCCUACGGUUGCGGUAGAGCAUGUGCCCGAUUUUGAGCAGAGGCACCCUGUCCCCGCAGCAACAGUCUCCGUGGAGUGCGGGGAGAGGCAAGCACGCGUGGAGGCCCAGGUGGACUUCUUUGGAAUAGGCCAGUUUAUUAAGCCCGACGAUCUCGCCCUGGGUCCCUGUGGCGCAGUGGCUGAGGACACUCAAGCCCGUGUGCUCAUAUUCGAGACUGAGCUGCAAGACUGUGGCAGCAUGUUACGGAUGACAGAUGAUGCCCUUAUCUACACCUUUACUCUCAAUUAUAGCCCCACCAGGGUGGGUGACUCCAUUAUUGUGAGGACCAAUGAAGCUGCUGUGAUUGUGGAAUGUCACUACCCAAGGCACCACAACGUGAGCAGCCUCCCUCUUGAGCCAAAUUGGAUACCGUUCUCCGCGGUCAGGGUUGCCGAGGAGUUCUUGUACUUCACUCUGACCCUGAGGACCGACGACUGGGUUCACGAGAGGCCCCGCUAUCAGUACUACCUGGGAGACAUGAUUCGUAUCGAGGCCUCUGUCAUGCAGUACCACCACGUGCCCCUCCGUGUUUUUGUGGAAACCUGCACAGCUACUCUCACUCCCGAUAUGAACUCCAGCCCCAGAUACUCCUUCCUUGAUACUGGGUGUUUAAUCGACGCGGUUAUCACAGGCGCAGACUCCAGGUUCAUGCAACGCACAGUAGAGAACAUGCUUCAGUUCCAGUUUGAGGCCUUCCGGUUCCAGGGUGCUGACAGCGGGAUGCUGUACAUUACCUGCCACUUGAGAGCAACGUCGACAGGCCGCGACAUUGAUGCUGACCACAGGGCCUGCUCCUACAUCAACGGCUGGAGGGAGGCUAGUGGCGUGGAUUCUGCAUGCAGCACCUGUGGUACCGGUGGACACCAACAAACCACUGGAGGUGGAGGCAGCGGCAGUGGGAACUGGAACACCGGUGGCGGCUCUCAAACAGGAGGUGGUAAAUGGAACACCGGCGGCGGCGGAGGCUCUCAAACAGGUGGAGGUAACUGGAACCCCGGCGGCGGUGGUGGCUCUCAAACAGGUGGCGGUAACUGGAACCCUGGUGGCGGCGGCGGUGACUCUCAAACAGGUGGUGGUAACUGGAACUCCGGUGGCGGCGGUGGUGGCUCUCAAACAGGCGGCGGCAAGCUACCAGGAGGCAAGCAAACCGGCGUUUUCUCAGGCACUUCCUGGGGCAGCGGUAGCUCUGGAAGUGCCACAGGAAGCACUACCUGGCACAGCAGCAGCAGUGUUCAAGCAGGUGACGGCCAGGCAGGCAAACCAUCCUGGACCCCCGGUGGCUCCGGGGGUCCAGGAUGGGGCGGUUCAUCCAGUGGCACUAACUGGAGCGGCGCAAGGAAGGGCCGUUCAGUGAAACAAGCCGAAGUUUAUGAAUGGAGAGGUGAUGUCACACUGGGUCCCUUCGAAAUUGCAGAAAAACUCGCUUAAAGUCAACAUCUGACCAUGGCGAUCGAAAAAUAAACAUUCUGAUUGGAUCAUGGCUGACUGAAUGUUAUUCCCUGCACACCAACUCUCCUUCAUAU